GACACAGUCUGUGAGUGACACCGGUGCCUCACAGAUAAACAAACCCCCUCUCGCAUGGCUCUGUGGACCUUUAACUACUGACGUGACCAGUCUCAGUGUUGUUAGACAGCUUAUUUUUAUGCCGACAAAAGCACCUUAGUUGGACUCCAUUGAUGAAAAGUUCAAAUAUAAGAGUUAAAUCCGCUGAGAGUGACCUGCUGUGAUAAUUGCAUGCUGCAUGUCUGAUAACCACCCACCACCCACCUGCACUUCCUCUCAGUUCUGAUGCAUGGCCCCCUUCGUUAGAAAUGAAUGCCUCUCACCGUUCCUUGCAUGUUGUGCUGUGAGCGUGGCAUCAUGAGGGAAGACAGUGAUAACCGUCUGGCGCUGUCAUCCAAGAAACCAUGCCAGGGCCAGACGGACUAUGGGCAAGAGCUGCAGAGGCUGCGGGCUGAUUGGGAAGCAGAGAAGAGGCGAACGCAGCGGGCCCGUGGCCACCUUUCUGUGGAGCUGAGGCACCUACGGGAAGAAGCGGAGAGGGAACAGCAGAGGGCUGUGAGGGAGCAGGCGGCCAGGCAAGAGUGCCAAAAGGACAGGCACUCUGACAGUUACCGGCGUCUGCUUGCUAAGGAGGUGAAAACUGAAGACAGUGGACGCAAAAGUGAGUCCAGAGAAAAAGAGACUUUUUGUUUGUGCAGUGGAGAAACGUAUACAAAGCUUGAGCAAUUGCUGCUGACGCUGUAUGAGAAGAUAGAUGGUGAACAGGCAGUCUAUAAAUUGCAUGACAGGCAGGAAUUAGACCUAGAAAAGGCCGUCUUCCUCUGCCACCUGCUAGAAGCCCAUGGAAGACUGUUGCGGGGGAAGCAGGGAGCAGGACAACCCAGCUACACUCUGAAAACCCUCUCAAGAAAGCCAGCUCAGGAAGACGGCAGUAACUCCUGUCAGACAAAGUCUUGCCUGACAUACUCCAGGGCCUUGCUUCAGAGAUCCCAGAGUGCCUCCCACUCAUCUCAGAAGAAAACCAAACAAGAUCGGGGUAAGCAGCCUCUAAGGAGGGCCGUAAGUGCAGCUGACCCCUGCACCACGGCCACAGUCGUGGACACCUGUUUGAGCGGCUCUCUGAAAAUUUGUCACCCUCACAACACUCCCCAUGCAGGCAGGGACGACCACCGCCCCUACUGCGCUGAGUCCUCUGGGUCAGACAAGUCAUCGCCCUCCAAAUGCAUGGACAGAAACAUGGAGAAUGGCACUGACUAUGGGUUCCUGGUGCGUCAGAACUCUGAACUGUUGCGAGCCCUCGAUGAGCUGGAGAAGACUUGUACCACACUGAGGGAGGAGAAUGGCUUGCUGCGGAAGAGCAGCGCCCCAGAGACGGAGGAGAAGGUCAGGCGGCUGAGGAGAAAGAACACAGAGCUGGCUGUUCUCGCUAAAAGGCUGGAAGAGAGGGCUCGAAAACUGCAGGAGGCCAACCUCAGAGUGGUGAAUUCCCCGUCACUGAUGAGACCCGGGUCAGUGGAACAGUACAAGAGGGCAUUUGCCCGCCAGCGAGCUCGUGACCUUGCCCAGCACGCUGAUGCACUGCUGUCUAAGGACAAAGAGAUCGCUGCCUUACAGCAAGAAUGCAGAGAGCUGGAGGCACGGCUGGGCACCACUAAGGGCUCCCCUGUUCCAUCUGGCAGAGUGGAAUUUGAGAGGCUUCUCAGGGAGUCUCAGAGGGAGGUGCUGCGGCUCCAGAGGCAGCUGUCGGUCACAUCAUCCAGACAGCAGCACGACCACAGUUCCGACCCCAUUGGCCUAGGGAAGUGUGGGGAAAUUCAAGAGGUGGAGGAGGAGGAAGAGGGGGAAGAGAAGGUUGUAGGAGAGACCCCGUGUGUGGUAUUAGAUGAAGCUCCAUCCAGGUGUGAGAAGACUCCCGGAGAGGAGGAGGAGUCGGGGCUGCGAGUAACGCCCCACCCGGGCCUUAGCCCGACCCCCUCCCAUCAGGAGGACCACACAGAGGAGCAGCACCUACAGUUUCUGGAAAGCGAGCUGAGCAAGAAGAGAAAAGAAUGUGAAAACCUUGAGCAUGAAGUAAAGAAGCGGCAGAAGAGAUGUCUGGAUUUGGAGAGCCAGCUUGAGGAUGAGCGAGGCAAAAAUGAGCAACUAAAGGAGGAGGCAGAUCUCCUCAGGAGGAAGGCACAGCUGCUCGACCAGACUCGGGCUGAGAAUGAGGAGCUGAGGGAAGAUCUCUCUGAAGUGACCGCUCAACACAAUUCAGUUCUCGAGGAGAACCAGAGACUCCGUGCCAAACUGGAGAACCUAGAGCAGGUCCUAAAGCAUAUGCGAGAGGUCGCCGAGCGAAGGCAGCAGCUGGAAUUGGAACAUGAGCAGGCACUGGCUAUCCUUAAGUUCAAACAGGAUGAAAUCAAACGGUUACAGCGGGCUCAGUUAUACGCCAAGAGGGAGCAUGAAGGAGUGGUUCAGAUGCUGGAGAGUACACUGGACUGCAUGCAGUCAAAAGUACGAGAGCUGGAGGACAAAUGUCGCAGCCAGAGCGAACAGUUUGGCCUGCUGUCCCAGGAGUUGGAGAAGUUUCGAUUGCAGGCCUCGAAGGUGGACGUGGCCGGCUCCAGCCUCCUCACCAACCCCGGCCUCUCAGUUCUGACCAAUGGGGUGGGCCUGACUACAGAGCGAGACUGCACUGGUGGCUCAUGGGAUAUGGUGUCCCUGGGUGAAAUAGCCUUCUGGAGUCUCGAGGGAGGUGACACUCUCUCCUGCCCUGAGGAUGUGGCUGCUGCACUGCGGCUCGGGGCCACCCCCCACGCUGCAGGGCUGUCCAGGGUGGAGCGCUCGCCCGUCACCAAGCAUCGAGAGCUGCCCACCAUCAGUGUCAGCAAGUCAGGCUCUUCCUCCAGCAAGUCAGAGACCACACACCUCACCCCCAAGUCUGACACCCACCUCAGUCCGCACAAGUCAAGUCCAACACACGAGGUGGACACUGCCAGUGAAGUGGAGGAGCUGGAUAUUGAUGUAGCCCCAGCUCCUUACACAGCCAGCAGAGGAGCAGCAAAGCUUCAGGUUUUCAUUGCCAGAUACAGCUAUAAUCCGUAUGAUGGCCCCAAUGACAACCCUGAAGUGGAGCUUCCUCUCACUGCUGGAGAAUACAUCUACGUGUAUGGAGACAUGGAUGAUGAUGGCUUCUAUGAAGGUGAGCUGAUGGAUGGACGGAGAGGGCUGGUCCCCUCUAACUUUGUGGAACGUGUAUCGGAUGACGAUGUCAUGAGCACACACCAUCCAGAGACGGGGGACAUGUCCCAUAACUCCUUGCUAGACAGCAGCCUGCACAGUGCCAGCCACCAGCAUCACCUCCACGUGGGUGUCAGCGCCUCGGAAAGGACCGAGGUGUCUGCCGCCUCCGGCCCUGCCUCAGCCCCCUCAGAUUCAGCAUCGGCCUUGGCUGUCCCAGCCCCCCUCACCAACGGCCUGGACUUGGAUUUGGAGGAGGUGGGAGUGGACAUUGUGCCUUACCCACGUAAGCUCACCCUCAUCAAGCAGCUUGCCAAGAGCAUCAUCAUCGGCUGGGACCCUCCGUUGGUGCCGGCUGGGUGGGGCAAUGUGUGGAGUUAUAAUGUGUAUGUGGACCAGGAGCUGCGGCUCAAUGUGCCCUUCGGUGCCCAGACCAAAGCGGUGCUGGAGCGGCUGGACAUAAACCUCAAGGCCUACCGUGUGUCAGUGCAAAGCCUGACAGAAAAGGGCCCCUCAGACCAGCUGCGUUGCAGCAUGCUGGUCGGUCGGGACGUUUGUGUGGCGCCCACGCAACUGCGUGUGGAGAGGAUCACCGCCACCUCUGCCAACCUGACCUGGCUGCCCAGCAACAGUAACUAUGUGCACAUUGUGUCCUUGAAUGAGGAGGAGUGUGAGCUGGUGAAGGCUGGCUGCUGCUCGCUGUGCCUCAAUAACCUCCUGCCCAGCCUGCAGUACACGGUCAAAGUGGAGGCACGGCCACACCGCACGCCAUGGGAGUUACCUGUGGAGCGGCGUGAACACAGAAGCGCUACCAUCACCUUCACCACACUGAUGGCAGGUCCCCCUGAUGCUCCUCUGGAUGUCCAGCUGGAGCAUGGCCCUUCCCCGGGCAUCGCCCUCAUCAGCUGGCUGCCAGUCACUAUAGAUGCUGCCGGGACCUCCAAUGGAGUCCGUGUCACUGGAUACACUAUUUAUGCUGACAAGAAAAAGGUGCUGGAGGUGUCUUCCCCAACAGCCGGCAGUGCCCUGCUGGGCCCCUCUCAGAUGCAGUCCUUGCUGGCAGCUCAGGAGCUCACUGUCCGCACCAUGUCCGCCCAUGGGGAGUCCUGUGAUUCUUUACCAGUCAAUGUGCCCUCCAAGCUGGCUGCCAUCAUGACAGGUCCAGCUGUCGCCGCCCCAGUUGUGCCACCCCUACCCUGCAACCCUACGGGUUCCAGUAACCUGCCCUCUCCCCAGUCCUACGGGAACUCUGCUGCCAAAGUCUCCAUGCUGCCCAGCCCUUUGCCACCAGACACAAACAUCACUGGCCUCACAGUGGAGGCUGCUGCCAACUCCCCUCACGCUCUCCACCCAGAAGGUCUUCUCUUAACUACUUCAUAUGUGAACGCUUGGGCCAACCCCUGUUCUGCUGCUGCCUUGGCUGUAUGUGAGGCCACAUUACCAGUUGCCUCCACCAUUACUCCAGUGGUUAAUGUGACCUCCCCGCCGACCGCAUCACCUCAACCAUCGCCUGUAGCAGCACCAGCACAGUCACCGGUAACAGCAGCAGCAGCAGUGUUGGAGCAGCGCAGAGACACCGACAGCCCUGGAACGAUACGUCCUUUCCCAUCUCUCACAGAGUUCAUCGAGGACUCCAGUGCCAAGCUCGGGACCCCUGAGCGCAUCCCUACCCCACCCAAAGCCCCGAUCGCAGACUUCCUUAACCCUCAGGACAUUAACCUCCACCGACCCCCCAGCACCUCACCGCUGGAGUCAGAGGCAGAGGAGGAGCUGGAGAAUACCCGCUUGGUGUCCAUCGAAGAGUUCUUGAGACAGGACCAAGAGCCAGCGUACUGCAUGAAGCAGCAGAGUCACAGCAGAGGGCUUGUGGAGCCUCCCAGUGAUUACCAUGCAGACAACAGCCGUUCAGAUCUGUCUGACAUCCUGGAGGAGGAGGAGGAGGACCUUUAUUCAGACCACCUGGGAGAAGCACAGGCCAGGGGCUACAUAGUUGCAGCUAACAGGUCACGCAAGUUGGAGACUCCAGACAGUGAUGAGGAGGUUCUUGAGAGGAUCCUCAAGUUGCCUGCUCAGGUCCAACACAACACGCAGCUGUUCAGCAUCCCUGAGGUGACAGAAGAGGAAGAUAGCAGUCAAGAAGAGCUUUUAACCCACCGCAGUCACCCUCGGCCCAGGCCCAGCCACCUUCGCCACAGAGACUCAGAACGCCUCCACCAUGCCCCCCAGCAUCACCCCAACCCACAUCCACACCCAAACGUUCCCCCACACCAUCACCACUUCAACAGGGAUCCUAGAUCACUAACCAAAGAGCCUUUACUCAGGCACGGAUCCUCGCAGGUCAGACCUAAGACGCAGCACAGGGUGCACUACGCAGACACGGUGGACACCAUCAGUUAUCCUGAAGAAGAGGACCUGUGUUUAUAUCCGGGUCCCACCAGCAAGCGGGUCUCAGCCCGCUGUCCUUCCCAGCUGACCCCCACCAGCAAAGCACUGCUCAGAGGGCUAGGGGACCGCCUUAGGAGGGAGGCCAUGCUCAGGAGUCAGAUGGCUGUCGCCGCAGCAGCCAACCCCGGCUAUGGUCUUACCCCGCCAAGACCCUACCCAGCCAGCAAAACAGUACACACUGUGAGGUCACAGAUUGGUCGCGGGGUGGAGAUUGACGUGGAGUACGGCACGGAUGACAACGAGGAGCCUGUGGAAUACAGUCCGGGGGAGGUGGUGCUGGAGCAGAUGAGCUCUGAGUGGUGGGUGGAGGGGGCUCAGAUGGAGCACAGCAGACCUCAUCACCGCCGAGGGCUGAAGGCCGAUCCGCUGGUAAACAUUGCUGCAGGCCAGCUGCAAUGGGAGCCCGGCCAAAUCCCUCCAGCUGAGGCCGGCCCAUCAUGGGGAGCGCAGGCUGAGCUCUCUUCUAAACCAGCGUGCUCACAGGCCAGGCAACUCAAAGGUGUUGAUUCACCAAAGACGAAAGGAGAGAGUGACAUACGGAUCUUUGUGGCCCUCUUCCCUUAUGAUCCCGCCACUAUGUCGCCUAAUCCUGAUGCUGCUGAGGAGGAGCUGCCCUUCACUGAAGGACAGAUCAUCAAAGUUUACGGAGAUAAGGACGCAGACGGGUUCUACCGAGGAGAGUGUGGUGGUCAUCUGGGCUACGUGCCGUGCAACAUGGUGUCUGAGAUCCAGGUGGAGGAUGAGGAAACCCGGCAGCAGCUCCUGCAGCAGGGCUUCUUGUCUACAGCGGCCUCCAUGGAGAAGAUAGGCACUCGCACACACGCACAGCUUCCGCGUCGCCCUGUUCCACCGCCGAAACCGAGACGAUCCAAGAAAGUGGAGUCUGCGGCACUCUGGGAGGAGAGCGUAGACUCCUCCAGCCAAGAUCCCAGCCAGACUGCCCCUGCUGCUGCAGCCGUCGGGAACCCGGCCCCAGGAGCUCGCAGGAUGGUCGCCAUCUUUGAUUAUGAUCCACGAGAGAGCUCCCCCAACACUGACAUAGAGGCUGAGCUGACCUUCAGCGCAGGAGACAUCAUACAUGUGUUUGGUGACAUGGACGAAGACGGCUUCUUCUACGGAGAUUUGAACGGACACACCGGCUUAGUGCCCUCCAACUUCCUGCAGGCCGUACCAGAGGACGCUCCAGCCCAGCACCACUCUGCUCAGUCUGCACCAGAGCCCAAGAAGGAAUCACAGGGUACCUGGACGUCUUCUACAGAGACACAAGAUCCCUCCACCCUAGAAGAGGCUUUGCACCCUCAAACAGAACCUCCCGUCCCCGACCCAACAGAGCACAUGGAGCUGCGACCCAAACUGGAAACCACUGCAGGCCUCACAUCAGACCUGGACCUAGCUCCAGCUCCAGCUCCAGCUUUGGGUCCAGCUCCAGCUCCAGCAGCAGCGGAGGCCUGCUGCUCCCGUCCAGCCCCUCUUGCAGCCGACCCCCCGACACCGACAGACUGCUCUGCACAAGGCAAGAAGAAGAAAGGCUUUUUCUCCAAAGGCAAGAAGCUGUUCAAAAAGCUGGGAUCCAGCAAAAAAGAAUGAGAGUCGGGACGUCUGACUCAGAAUACUUGCAUCACAUUGAAAGCACUUUUUCUAACUCCACUGUUAGUCUCAGUUGGUUAGCGGCCAUCAGAUCUAAUAACAGUAAUUAUACAUUUGCCUUAGAGCACUGCUAGCAGCUGUUAAAUUUAGAGCACAUCAACACACCGCUUACAGCAUCACACCGGCAUGUAGAAGUGCAUGUCGAAGUGUGCAAAUAUACUCUCUGAAUACUACCUAAUUAAUCUAAGCAUUUGCAAACUUUCAACUCAGUAGAAGCUUUAAUGCUCGAUGUUAAACAGUUAUCUCUCGAUGGAUCGGAUCUAUCUGAACAGCAGACGAGACUUUAGCCUGGUUCAGACACAGCUAAUGAAAUAUUAGCUUUAAUGUUCAUAUUCUGGUGCCACUUUAUUUAUUUGAAGCAAGCGAACAGAAGCAGCGGUCUUUCUCUUCCUCUGUGUGACUGUAAAGAAUGCACUAUUUUAAGUAUCUGUCUGCUUGUCCCUCACGUGUCUCUUGUCUCUAAGAGUAUUUAUACUUUGUACAGAAUAUGUUAUUUAUUUGCAUCAGAAUCCUGCCCUCACCAUCACCACAUUGCAUGACGUGACAUCAGGGCAGGAGGUUAGUCAUAUGAUAGGUGUAGUUUAGAUUUAAAUAGUUUUGGGGAUUUGAAGUUGAACAGCUGAGACUGUUAAAUGAAGCUGAACAUAAUGUAAAGAAUGUGAAGGUGUGUGUGUGGGCGUGUGUGUGGGCGUGUGUGUGUGUGUGUGUGUGUGUGUGCAGACGAAGCAGUCCAGUCCACUGGUGAGACUGGGAACAGAUGCCUUUCUCAGACGUUAACACAGGAACUCUUGAUGUUUGUGACAACAGUCACAACUGGCCUAAAUGUUGCAUACUACAUAUUUUCUGUGUGUGUGUGUGUGUGUGUGUGUGCAAAAAUGUGGUAGUAUCUGGGGAUCAGCAGGCUGCUCUGUUAGCUGAUAGGGCUGCAACUAGUGAUUAUUAUUUAAUCACUGUUGAUUAAUCUUUUGAUCAUUUUUUCGAUUAAUCAAUGAAUCAUCUGGUCUAUAAAACAUCCAGAAAAGGUUAAAAAAGCCUGUCACAGUUUCCUACAGUCCAAUGUGAUGUCAUGAAAUGUCUUGAUUUAUCCAACCAACUGUUCAAAACCCAAAUAUAUUUAAUUUACUACCAUGUAAGACGAAGAAAAAGUGAUUUUGUUUUAAAGAAUUUAUGAUUAUGUUCAUUUCUCAAGAUAAAAAGUUAAUUUUUCCGGAAUCUUGAGAAAAUGAUAUGUAUUUUUUUCUUCAUGAGAACCCGCUAUCAUGAGAAAAUAAAAGGUAGUUUCCUCUUAUGACUUAAAAUGUUUAUCAGGGAUGAGUAGCGCCAUGGCAGCAUGCACAGACGGCAUCUUGACGACCGUAGCAGCUGAUUUAAGGUGUAACUGUCACAUCAAGAGAACCCGUUAUUGAUCACAUUCAUGCCUCGCCUUGACAGUCAUGACAGUGAUCUUGAAGACGGUGUCAUCAAAUGAAUCGGACGCUCAUUUUAGAGUUCUCCAUAAUUGAAAUCUCCAUAAUUAUUAUCUCAAGAAAUUUGUUUUGAAGUUUUGUUUUCUUCAAAAUCAACAUAAAUGUAAUUGUUAUCUUGAGAUAUAAUUUGGAAAAAUUAACUUGUGAUUUUGAGAACACGUCCCUUCUCAGCUUCCAUAGCUGUUCACAUGGUUGCUGAUCGAUUUUCUCUCUAUGAUUUCCAGUGGUUUUAACAGUCUGUAAGUGUGAGCAAUAAGAGUCACGUUGAUGGGAAAUACGGAAGGAAAUCUAUGGAGCAACAUAAAAAUGGUUUAUAUUAACAGAUUUUGUCACUCCCUAUAAGAGUAGGGCCUGACUACAGUUCCCAUGAUUUUAGGGACUUUAGGAGAUGUAAGCAUGAAGUACAGUGUUGCCAUGUGAGUGAGUUAGCAACAACUUCAGCCCCAUUUCAUCUUCCUAUAUUUGUGUGGCACCAUACAAAGUAGGGCUAUAUUGGCAAGAAUCUGGCUAUAUGAAACGUUUCAAGAAACAGGAGUUACAAUUAAAUAUAUUGCAGGGGUUUUCUUUUUGAUUUAACUUCAGAAAAACUGACAUAGUAUAAAGAACACACCAGUAUGUGCAUAAAAAGGUUUGCUUAUUUUAUGAAAUCAGAACAGAGGGAUCUGUAUUUGUAUUCAUUGCGGCCCCUGUAAUAUUUAACAUUAUGGGGCCACGUUUUGUUCAGCCUGAGCAAACAUUUAACAUUAGUCCACAUCAGUAAAAAAAUAAAUCAGAGUGCUUGCAGGAUUCUUUAGGUAAACAGAUUAAGAAAAUAAAGAAAUGUAAAAAAAAAUUAAAAAUCUAUAACAGUGUUUUUGAGAAUCGAUACAGUAGCACAAAAUGUGAUAUUGUGAUGCUGCAGAAUGUUCUAUUGGCACUUCCUGUUUGCAGUGUUGCCACGGAUGUACAGAUGUUUACCACUGAAUUAGUUUGAUACUGAGAAAACUUAAAGACGUGGUGAUUCUGAGGCAAGUUUGGAGUUCAUUUUUCAGUCCGCAACACUUAAAAAAGUUCUCGUUUAACUUGAUGUCCAGAUCAGAGUGAAGCAGAGUCAGUCGUGCUGGUUACAUUAAUAACAUACAGUAUUUAAGCCGUUGGGAUUCAUUCUGGUUUGAAUGUAGCGUGUAGGAACACUAACUAGAGCUGCAUUUAAAGUUUCUGGCACUGGUGGUUUGUGGCGCUAACGUACUGUUACAGACUGCAAUAAGAUGUUUGUGUAUCUUUUCUUUUGCCUCCAUGUUUGAGUGUAACGACGUUCAUCAUGUGGUGUGUGAAUAUUGGGUCAGACAGGCUAAAUAGUGUCUAUCGAUUAGUUUUUUGUGUCCACACAUUUGCAUCAUCAAAACGUAGACUGUUUAAAGCUGAAUAAUACAACUUUAGCAAUAUUGUGUACUGCAAUACUAGAAGAAAAACACAACCCCUCUGUCUCGUCUCGUGGUUUGUGGCGCUGCAUCAACAUGUAGUGUUCAGUUACGGUGUGAGUGUGUGGACCAGGCCUUAGGAUUGAGCUUGUUAGUCAGUAACAACACAUUCUGAUUGGAUCUGUUCUCUGUGCGACACGGGGCUGUUAGGUAAACUUCUCAGGUUUCUACUUGUAGUUUCUUGCCACCCGUUGACUCUGGCUGUCAAAAACUGCAGAAUAUGCCAAAAUCUUAGGUGCUUUGCCUGUAACCAUAGCGACGAGAGACCAAGCAUCCAGCAGCAGCAGCAGCAGCAGCAGCAGCAGCGUGGGGACAUUCAGUGGGCUGGUGUGGGUUUGUUUUAAACAUCAGAGCUGACCUGAUGGAGUCACACCUGAUGACACAAGUCGGAGGCAAUUCUCUUUUUUUUUUACGUUAAAGGGAUUGUUUAGAUUUUUUUUAAAGUGGGGUUGUUUGAGGUAGUUAUCCAUCAUCAGUGUAUUUCCUACAGUAGAUGGCGGUCAACGUGUCCUCACUUUGGAAAAGCGGGCAGGGGGAACCCCCUCAGACGCUCUGCAGUGUACUUCUGUGGACGAGAGCAGCAGCACCUAAAGACAUCAAUAUCAGUUUAGGUGGUGGAUGCUAAAUUUAGAAUAUUCGCUCCGCUUUACCUUUCUGUCAGACAGCCUUUUCUGACAGGGAGCUGAAGCUGUUAUGACACUCUCUUCAAAGCCACCAGACUCUUUUGACAGAAAUCGUAAUUUUACCUCACAAAACACUUUUAUAAUAUAACGAGCGAUAUAACGGCUUCAGGUCCCCGUCUGAAAGGGCUGUAUGACAUCAAGGUAAAGAGGUGAAAACACUGUAAAUAUAGCGCACACUUAAACAGAUAUUGAUAUUUUAAGGUGUCUAAAAUACAUUUUGCUGCUGCCCUCAUCCACAGCAGUACACUGCUCAGCUUCUGUGUCAGUAUUCCUGUCUGCUUCUCCAAACUGGGGGCGUGCCAGCUGCCACCUACUGUAGGUAAUACACUGACUAUGGAUCAGCACCUCAUACGACCCCACUUAUAAAAAUCCGAACUGUCCCCUCAAUGUCAUGAAUGUUUCUUCAGUGUUACGUAAAGGGAGCAUGAUGAUGCCAAGAAAAAAUAGACACUUUAGAUGUAAAAUAGCCGGGAUAGAGGCAAGACUGAGGCUGUACUGUAUGUUUUAUUUAUGUUUGGUUUUUUUUGUUUGUCUGUUUUUUUAAAAAGGGGGUUGGAUGCUCAAAAGUUGCCGAAAUGUACAGCGAAUAUUUGUACUGAUCUUGUUUUUGACGGCCUUUAAUGCACAAGUAUUCCUCGACCUGCUGUGUAGUGAGUAGGCAGCUCCGCUGUUGACUGAAUAGACCCAUGUAGGUAGUGUUUUAGCUCAGUUGAUCAUAUUUAGCCUUACAAGAAGACCUUGUUUAGUCUUAAUAUGUUGUUUACAGGAUGUUUAUCGACUGCAUGCAUACCAAUGUUAUACCCAUGUUCGGCCUUAUUUAUGUUACUGUCAUAUUUAUGUUUUUCUAGGCGGACUCGUCUACAAUAUUGUAGAUUGUCAAUGCAGUGGACAGGAAGCUGUAGGAGAGGUGUGUGUGUAUAUAAUGAACAGUGUUGUGGUAUAUUUUCAUACAGUGCGGGAAUUUUUUUUUUUUUUUUUUUGUCUUUCCUGACCUGCAUUCAUUGUUUGAAAGUGGAAGAUUUACCUUUUUAUAUAUUAAUGUUUUUAUUACCCUUUUGGCAUCUGUAAAUAUUUUUGUUAAUAUUGUUUUUCAGAUUUUUUUUUGCAUGCGCAGGCAUUGUGGAUGGAGGAACUGUAACUGAGGAUGUAGUACACAGAGGACUUGAAAUUGUGAUCUUUCAAUAUGGAUCUUUUUACAGGAAUAAAGUAUGUAUAUUUUCACAGAAAACACUGAGUCUGUAAUGUUUGUGGUGCCCCUGGAAAACAGACAUUAACACAAGGUAGGUUUGAUUUUAAUUUUUAUUGAAUCUCACAUAGAUAAUACAUCAUAUAAACAUGAUUAUCUUUUUUUUUGCAGGACAGUUAAAGCAGAUGAGUUUCUAAAAUGGAGGAAAGAGUCGCAAGCUUUGCUCUGCGCCACACGCCGCCCAUGUGAACUGACUGGGGCAACACUCUGGGUAAUGCGUGGCCUUGUGAGACAAAGCUGCUUCCUCUUUCUUCUGACUUCCUGCGCAGGCUGCGCGCGCCGUCGGCCUCCGUGCUCCCUGAAGCCAACAGUACACUCAUCCAUAAAGUAGGAAACACUACACUGUGGCGAGGAGUUUAGUAGUGCUUUCUACUUUAUGGAUGACUGCACUGUACAUCCUCUGUUCGUCUUCUCUCACUUCUCCGUUCUUCUGCACCUGCGCUCGCCUCUGCAGCUGCACACACCGACCAAACCCCGCCCAGACACACACAUUUUUACACCAAACUGAAACCUCGGCUCAAACAGCCCUCGCUUUAAUGGCGAACCUGAAAAUGCACACUUCCUGAUUUGCCUUGAAACAUUUGCAUGCACAGUUUUACAGACAGUUUCUUCAAAUCUAUGUGAAGCCUGUUGGUAGCAUUUUUAUACAAGACAAAAAUCAUCCAAAGGGCCCCACCCGUGUGCCUCCAAACGCCCCUUGGUGCAGUGUUUGAGGCAAAAGUCAGAACUUGCCAAAAGGAAGCGCUAUCUUGAGGAAGCCAUUUUGGCAGGCAUGAGUAAGCUUUUCUGUCUGAGCAACAGAUCACAUUCAAAAAGUCUUGUAAAAUAAGUGUAAAAAUAAACUGAAAUAUAAACCAUCUGAUAAAUACACUUAAACAAAAUCAAUAAUAUUAUACUAAAAAAAAGUAAAAAGUUUUUUUAAUCCAAGCUCCAAAUGGACGUCUGAGUCGAGGUCAGUCGUGCCAGAAGUGAAAAGAAAAGUUAAUGAAGUAAAAGCUGAAACACUUUCAUUAUCCGACACAUUAAAAGCAUUUUAAAUCAAAUAAUUCUUGCCCUAAAUACACACCAUGUCGUCCAUCAAUACUUCACCUCAACCUGCAUUUCUUUUCUCUUCUUUCAAGCGGCAGUCGUCCGGCAGCCUCACAGGUGUCUUCUGUCUGUCCGAGUGCUGGAUGAAGAAGAAGAAGAAGAAGUUGUCUCCUUUUGAACCCUCCACAACCACGUGAUGUAACCACAGGAAGAGGUCUAACAGUCACAGCCGCUCUCUUCUUCUCUCCUCUUCC